AUGAUGAGAAGCCUUCAGAAUUAUAUUUUGGCCUCGCUAUCUGUACCCUGCAUUUAUUUCGUCUAUGUACACAUCUACUGUUCUCAUAAAUUACUGAAAACAAGUACACUCUGCUGGGAGAAACUCCCAAAACUUUCCUACCUGUUUCUGAAAUAUGUGACCAAAGCUCUUAUUUGGAGACAGGGCUGCUUGUACAAGCCACGCCGAAAGAAGGGAUGUGACGUAUUUUACGCCGUCUACAACUGCAGAAUGGACACAGCGCUUCUGAGGAGGUUUUGCGAUGCUACAGGUUAUGGUUGGGACUAUCCAGACAGCGAAUACAGAGACAUUCCUCUGUGCUUCCCUGAGGUUCUGUGCCGCACACUUUUGCUCAUGGCCAUUACUGAUCACAACUUCCGGCUGAGCCCAGUUGGUCUGGUUUGUGUGCGCCAGAGCAUUAAAACCCAUCAGCCAGUUGAUGAGUUGAAGAAAGGUCCCUUUACGUUGCAAGUUCAAGUCCUCGUGUACAGAACCUUGGAUGUCGGUGUGGAGGUAGAUGUCUUGCUUUCUGCCACUUCCCGUUCCAAGAGUCUUGUGUGGGAGAGUAUCUUAACACUGAUGUCCAAGAACAAGUACCAACAAGCCAAAAAUGAGAUUGCAAUGGCCGCUCAAAUGGAUGAAGCUAUGCUCCAGGACGUCAAACAAGUGGAUCUCAGAGUUCCCUUAAGUGCUAGUCCACUUUGUGCCUGGUCCUUCUUGGACUAUUGGUUCUUCUAUCUGCCAGCCAGUCUGUUUGGCUUCAAGUUGCGGACCAUUUCAAGUCUAUGGAUGUUGUCUGUCUGCUUGGCUGAAAUAGAAAAGCACAAUGUGUUUGGAGUCAUCACAUCUCCACUGAACAUCAUGGCCCACUUUGAGGAUCGUUUGUUGGCACCAAGCAAAGUGACUCUUUCAUUCACGAGAUGUCAGUCAUCUACCCAAGACCUCAGCUUCCAAAUGCAGCAACACGGAGGCAGCAAGAUUCACUUAGCGGGAAUGAUAUUCAGGACCUGACUGAAACAGGAAAUAGUCAUAUCCCCAAGUAUAUGUUGGGACUUUUCUUCUCUCCUACCUUAGUGUGUGAUGCAUCAUGAAAGUAAAACAACCAUCUUCACCAUGGUCGACAGAUUUUCCAAAACAGUCUGAUUCGUAGCUUUGGAAACCUAUGAGCAUAAUUAUAAUAUUUAUUCAUUGGCAGUGUCAGUCCCAUUUUUUUCCACGAAAUAUUUUUACAUUUGACCAUAAACUGCAGCCUACUUCUCUACUGUAGGCCUCAUUCCAUGUCAGAUGGGAGGCAGUUCAAUAUUUGAUCUCAUAAAGCUGCUUGAAUUUUUCAUGUACUAUGUAAGAGACUGUUGUCCUUUAUAAUUUAGUAAAACACCUUCACUCAGUAGAACAGAAAUAAAUGGAUUUUCAUCCUUCCCUGCA